AUGUCUGAGGCAGAAUCAAAGCCAAUUGAAAAAGAAGAAGAGUCAGAAUUGACCAAAGAACAGAGAUUGGAAGCAGCUAGGAAGAAGUUUGAGGAGUUGAAAAAGAAGAAGAAAAAGGACAAGAAAAAGAAGGCGAAGAAAGAGGAUACAAAUGCCGAUGAUGAAGAUGAGCAAAAAGACAAGGGUGAUGUUAGUGAGAGUAAGGAGGAUACACCUCUUGAAGAAGUGAAGAGUGGAUCAGGUGCGUUCGAUGAGAACUCAGUGGAGCAAAAGGAAGAGAAGAAGUCCGACAAUUUUGCGGAAAAGGAAAAGAGCGUCGAAGUGGCAGAUGAAGACAGGAAGCCAGAGAAUAAGCAAACGAUAGAGGAGGAGAAGGACACCGCAGCGGAAGGGACACAAACAGAGAGCCCCUCAGUUCCUCUAUCGUCACAUGAUUUGGAUUCUAUAAAAUCCGACUCCCUGGUUAUUGAAGAAUUGCAAAAGACAAUUGAAGAACAAAAGAGAACAAUCGCUGUCUUGCGCAAAGAGGUCAAGGAUCUCAAACUAUCCAAAAUGGAUCUUGACGAUACCAUCGCUGAUUUGAGGUCUGAAAAUGAACAAUUAAAGAGGAAUGCGAUAUCAUCACAAUCACCAAGCUCAAACAAGUCGACAUCCUCGCACAAAGCACCGAUGUACAAACCGGCAAAACCAUUAUUUACGACUAAUGACUACGCAUCAUCAUCGCAACAAAAUUUGAGCAAGUUUAGCUCCAUUGAAGACUUUAGAGAAAAAUUGAUGAUUUGGAAAGGUUGGCAAGUGGAUAUGCGAAGCUGGAGCAGUCCCAACUCAACCAAAGCCGUACUUUGA